UGAGUGUGCGGUGAGGGGGCCAGUGUCUCCCCUCAGACUGCGCCUGCCUGCCGGGCUAGAAGAAUGAGCUCUUCCGAUGAGGAGUCUGUUAGGGGAAGCGAGUUCGGACCAGAAAGCGGGGAGCAUGCAGAAGGACGCCGCUUUAGCCAUGGAUUCCCUAGGGAACAUAGCCUGGACCCUAACGAGAGGCUGUUAAAGAGCGGUGAGGACAAAAUGUGUCUCCCAGUCUCCAAGACUUUGCAGUAUGACUCUUGGUUAGACAGAGAUGACAUGGAGGGAAGGUCAGUCAUUUGGGGCUGCGAAGGUCGGCCUGGCACUCCGGUGGAUGAGAGAGGGGACAGUUUGGACUUUGUACAGCAGCUGACGGUAGAGGGUACAAGCUUCGGGCAGCAUGUAGCCAACCGGGAGGCCUGGGGUAUCCGCAGAUAUCCGUCCCCCAGAAGCUCCGCUGCAGAGCCCUUUGGCCCCUGGGCAGACUCAGAUGCAAGCACAAGCAGGAGGAGCAUGUGGCCCCCGAGCUCUGUGGAAGGGAAGCAGUUCUCAGCUACCCAACUGCACCCCAGAGGUCUGGGGCAGGCCAUGGCCUGGGUGACCCCAAGAAGAGGUGCCACAAGUAGGAUAAUAGCCAGUGACGAUAUCCAGUAUCUGUCCUCCGACCCUGAGUCUUCUGAUGAGUCCAUUGAGACACAGAUGAUGAGAGUAACCAUUAGCUACAAAGAAGGAGGCCAGGCCAAGUCCAGUGGCCUCACUGAGCUGGAAGACACAGCCAGACACGCAAACGUCCAAGGCAGGGGAAGUUUCGUCCAUGUGCCCCCCUCUGUACUGUGCAGUACUCCCCGGGGGCUCAGCUCAGGCAUGGAAAAGCAGGCUCCAGGAGUGCUGGAAGGCUCUCUGUGUAAGAAAAAGCAGACCGUGGUCUGGAGCAAAGAAGGGAGCAGAACGGGCUACCCAGGAGCUUCUGCCGCCUCUGCCUCUGCUGCUGCCCCUGCUGCUUCAGGAGCCUUGCCCAAGACCAGUCCUAGAAAGAAGACAGCUCAGGAGAAGAAGCCAGAUGCCUCAAGAGGACCCCUGGGAAGAACCUUCCCACCAUGGGGGCAGAGACUCAAGUCAGCUCCUGUGGAACCAGCCACUUUCCCCCCCAUCUCCGGGGUUGCCCUGCUAGGGAAGGCCAGCAAAUGCUCACUGCCUUCGGGGCCCAAAGAGUGCAAGCCCUUCUGCACUGGGAAGAGAUCCAUGGCAAGGAAGACAAAGGAAUCCCAGCCAGGGGACAAAGAAGAUAAUGACCAAACCAGAGAUCCUGGCCUGCAAGCCCAACUUCCAACACACAGGGCAGAGCCACCUUGCUCGUAUCGUGGAGACGUGACCAGUGGAGACCCCAACUUGAGAGCACCCCAAGUUCCAGGAAACUCCCAGCUCGUGGCCCUGAGUCAGAGAAGUGCCAGACCCAGAGCACCUGCACCGGCUGGUGACCAGGAACUGUCCCUCCCUCUUCCAUUCCGGGUUGGAGAGAGGCAGUAUCAACGACCAGGAACAGUGGGCUGCGAACAGUGUCUGAUAUUGCAGAAGGAAAUAGAGGAGCUCAAGGAACAACUAGCCAUCAUGCAGGCCCUCAACGAAAAGUUCCAGGAUCAUUGACAUCAGUGUUGUGCAGUCCACAGGACCUUUGAAGUUGGAGCCAGCAUCCCUGCAGAAGAGGCCUGGCUGCCACCCAGGGAUCCCGCUUCCUCGCACUAACCCUACAGCAGUGGUUCUCAGCCUUCCUAAUGCUGCCACCCUUUACUGCAAUCCCUCGUGCUGAUGUGACCCCCAGCCAUACAGUUACUUCCUUGCUACUUCAUACCUGUAAAUGGGAUACUGUCGUGAAUUUCAUGUAACUAUCCCACGCGCUGAGAACCUCUGCUCUCCAACCAGAGCCGACUUUGUGCCCCUGAUGUGCCCCCUGCCUAACUACCCUGAUGACAGCUGUUGCACAUUAAGUGGUCUUGUCUUAUGUCCCUCCGUUUCUCUCUCGGUGGGGUGAUGAGGUCCAGCAACAGGGUGGAAACUGUUCCUCUCCCACCCCCUAGAACAUUAGUCCCCAUUUACACUCUGCUCUAUCUCCCCAAAUGCAGUUCUGGUGCAUGAGAUUUGAAAAAGUAAAUAAAGUACU